UCAGUAUACAUACCAGUUGAAGGCUGAGAAAACGAUAGCAGCAACACCGCAGCUGUAGAAGGUGCCGUGACGGCCGACCCACCACGCGUUGCCCCACCGAGAGGCUACGGCAACAAAAGCCGCGAACCAGAAGUUGAUGUGAUGGAGGCGCUACGGCUACGCGAUGGAUGGCUGCAGGGGACUACGGGCGGGUACGAUGGAAUGUGGCUGCAGAUGGUCUUCGCUACCGAAAGUCGAAUUUUGGACUGUUGCUGUAGGCGGAGGUUUGUGUAGAGCGACUUGGGGAAGGCUGCAAAACGGCAGCAGCCUGGUUCUUUAUGCCUUCACACAGCCUGCGAGCGAUGAUGCUGCCACGACCCUCGCCCUUCUUGAUUUCCCUGAAACCGACGUCACCGCCCAGUGGCGCAUGAUCAGGAUGCCACCUGUGCUGCUGCUCAUUGGUCAAUCGCCGUCAUCCCAGCCCUUAGCGCCAGUAGUGAUGCGACGCGUUGCACAACCUUCUCGCAUCUUCUCGUCUUUGUCCUGGCCUUGUCACCCCACGAUUCAUUCAAUUUGUGCCUAUCUUCCCUCUAAAAUAUUCUGUAACUUGACAGCUUUAUUUUCGGACGCGUUGGGCCCUUGUUUCAAUACCAAAGUCCUUCAACCGGUGUUUGGGCCGCUUCGUCAAACAUAUGUGGCGGUGCACGGUUUCAUUUUUACAGCCUGCGACGUGACGCGGCCAAGGAUAGGCCGGAGUAUCGGCAGGUACAGCGCAGCGCAGCGCAGUACCACGCACACACCGUAUACUACACAGUCAAGUCCCUAGAAUCUGAGCAUUCACAAUACACUGCACUACACACGACUGACAAUGAAUCGACGCACGUGUUUGACAAUCUUCAUAAUGCGAGAUGCAUCAAACAAAAGACGAAAAGCUAUGUCUCGCCAAGUAUCGUCUCCGCCAGUCUCUCCUUCCACUCUCAUAGACUCUGAGCAGAACAUAGCCACGAUAUCGCGUCAUGAUAGCAUUAAUUCGGCACAGGACUUGGAGGUUGCCGAGUUGAGGAGACAGAUCGAAAAGCUUCAAGCGACAGAAACCAGUCUAAUAUGGCAAUGCGAUGAGGCAU